AGCACGCGUCAAACUAAUCAUAUGAUCACUUUUCACAUGACCGAUGGUCAAUCGUCAUCGCUCAAUUCUUGUCGUUUUAUGACAAUUUUUGGGCUAAAACUAUUACUUUUAGUCCCCAUACGUCCACUAGUUGUAGUUUAAAAAUCCAUUGAAAAUGGCGUACUGCCGUUUAGUGUUCCCUUUAUUAGUGCUAAGUGUGGUCCAGAGCUACGCCUCAUCCGUGCCUGUGUUUCUAUGGGGCGAUUUGCCUAAAACAUCAUUGAAAUCUAACCCUCUGACCGCUGUAUCCCCGAAGGAAUUCGAGGAUGUACUAAAAGAGGAGCUUUCAGGUGAUGCUUUCAUUGUUAUAUUCAUAGAGGAGACAUUGUCAGUUGAAGAUUUUUCAAGUAAAACUUCAGAUGGUGAAGUCCCCUUGAAAUAUUUACGAGCUAACCUCGGGGAUUCGUAUUAUUUACCAUCGGUAACGGACGCUCUUGAAGCAUUAAACAGUUUUGCGGACGUGGAAAAGGAGAAUCAGGUUAAAUUAACUGAGAACGGUCUAUCAGCGGAGAUCGAACCUGAGGGUGGUAAAUUCCUAUUCAUUGAGCUUAAAGAUGCUAACGAAAAGGAUACGCGAGCUGAUCUGCUGCGUAGACACAAUGACUUUAUGGAGGAUAUGUUUGCCAAGUUACACAAUCGUUAUGAGAAGGUUGUAGCAAUAUAUACUGCACGAAACCCAUCAUGGACAGUGUCAGAGAGUCAUCGUGUACGUCGUCAGGCUACCGAAGACAACAAGAUGUACAGAUUAGAUGGGCUUCUUCUGUAUGUAGAGGAUAUAGUGUUGACCGAAUCAAAUAAGACAACACAUUUGGAUAACCUCGAGAGCAGCACAAGUACAUUUAAUGAAACAGGCAACACAAUGAGUACAAAUAUGAAGUUUGGUGCUGAUGAUAUCCAACUUAAUUUUGUACACAAGAAUGGUUAUUGGACAUUCAAUAAUGUGGUGUUAACCAGAUCAACAUUGUCCGAAGUUUUAUACCCAGAGAUUGAAGUUUAUUCAUUGACUGGUUGGUCGUACAGAUGCUCUGAAAAGGUCACAUUCUCCACUGUCAAUGAGACAAUCAACUUUUCACUCACCUUUAAAGAUAUGGAGGUGCAACCGUUCUUCAAGACCAUGAACGCAUCGGAUCUAGUCUUCGGUGAUUCUUUCAACUGCAUCGGUUUCUUCUCUGUGCCGAUCUGGUCAGGUCUGUUCGUUGUGUUCAUAUUCCUGGCGAUCACCUUCUACGGUAUCAUGAUGAUGAUGGACAUCCGUACGAUGGAUCGCUUCGACGAUCCGAAAGGAAAGACAAUCACCAUCAAUGCCGCUGAGUAAAUCUUACAGCCAGUGUGACCAUUUAAAAACUACCAACUUUGAAAAAAAAAUUACCAACAUUUAAAUGAUAUGAUUUUUUCAAUGGUCACACUGAUAGCUGUCAAUUUUGACAGCUUAAACCAUAGAGCUCAAAAUCUAUAGUUUAUACGAUAAAAUGUAGAUUUGCGAUGUAGAUUAUAGAAUACAAAUUAUUAAAGGAAUUGUAAUUUAUUAUAUAUAUA